AUGAUUUAUUCAAGGGCACAGCUGCCCGGGCUCUCCGACUGCACAGUGGGAGUGGACCCCCGGAAGGCAGAGGCUCUGUUCCGGCAGCUUCUCCACCAGGAAGUGAACUCCACAAGAGAACAGCCCAUAUUCACCACACGCGCGCACGUCUUCCAGAUUGACCCCACCACCAAGAAGAACUGGGUGCCUGCGAGCAAGCAGGCUGUCACCGUCUCCUACUUCUACGAUGUCAUCAGGAACAGCUAUCGGAUCAUCAGUGUGGACGGAGCCAAGGUGAUUAUAAACAGCACAAUCACACCCAAUAUGACUUUCACCAAAACGUCGCAGAAGUUCGGGCAGUGGGCCGACAGCAGAGCCAACACGGUGUUUGGUUUGGGGUUUUCGUCGGAGCAGCAGCUGACGAAGUUCGCAGAGAAGUUCCAGGAGGUGAAAGAAGCCGCCAGACUCGCCAGAGACAAGUCGCAGGAGAAAAUCGAGACGUCGAGCAACCAUUCCCAAGCAUCCAGUGUCAACGGGACAGACGAUGAAAAGGCGUCUCACGCGAGCCCCGUGGACACCCACCUCAAGUCUGAGAACAACAAGCUGAAAAUCGCGCUGACGCAGAGCGCCGCCAACGUGAAGAAAUGGGAGAUCGAGCUGCAGACCCUGCGGGAGAGCAACGCCCGGCUGACCACGGCGCUGCAGGAGUCCGCCACCAGCGUGGAGCAGUGGAAGAGGCAGUUCUCCAUCUGCCGCGACGAGAAUGACCGGCUUCGGCACAAGAUUGACGAGCUGGAAGAACAGUGCAGUGAGAUCAACAGAGAGAAGGAGAAGAACACCCAGCUGAAGCGGAGGAUCGAGGAGCUGGAGUCGGAACUCCGAGAGAAGGAGACGGAGUUGAAAGAUCUCCGAAAACAGAGUGAAAUCAUACCUCAGCUUAUGUCGGAGUGUGAAUACGUCUCUGAGAAGUUAGAGGCCGCGGAGAAAGACAAUCAAAACUUGGAGGACAAAGUGCGUUCGCUGAAGAUGGACAUUGAGGAGAGCAAAUACCGACAGCGCCACCUAAAUCCCUGCAGGCGCGGCUGCGCGCGGUGCCAGACCGCCGUGCCGCCUCGCCUCCGGGAUCGCAGUCUCCUCUCGCUUCUCUGGCCUUUCGAGACAGGAGGCCGAGUCAGCAAGCGACAUGCCCAGGUCACCGGGGAGUGA